GAAUCAUCUCACAUGUUUCAACAAUCCCUACUGUUUCUCUGUUUGUCUUAAAGAUAUCACUGUGAUUUUGUUUCAUUUGCAACUGGAGACUAAAUGACACCAAGCAGAAUCCGCUGUUAGGUUAGAUUACAAGGAUAUUUUCUGGGACACACAAGACCAUGCAGGCGACAUCAGUAGUCUAUUAUUUCCUCCUUGUGUCUCUGUGCAUCGAUUUUUCUCAGAAUGACACUGGUACACUUCUCAGAAGGCCAAAGAGAAGGAUGCACAACAGAGGCCUGGGAAGGAGCUCCUCAGGAGGCCACAGGUCCAGAAGGCAGCCCAGGGUGAACCUUCCAGCUCCAGCUGCUCCCAGGAUACCUCUCAUUAACGUCGACGACAGUGUUAUGGGAGUAUUUGACUCUCUCAUAGGUUUGGGGGAACAUGAGUCUAGUUACAAUGUCUUACCAGGCAAGAAGGGGCAGUGCACAGCUAAUGGGAUGAUUAUGUACGACAAAGCUGUUUGGUCUCCCAAGCCCUGUGUUACCUGUCUCUGUUCAAAAGGAGAAGUCAUAUGUGACACAAACAUGUGCCACCCUUUGAAAUGUCCCCAAACCAUUAUACCUGCAGGAGAAUGCUGCCCAGUUUGUUCUGAUACUGUCUCCUCUUUGGAUUCAACUAUUAUUUCACUGGAUGACGUAAGUGAGCUGUCCGGUGAUUCCCCAGAACCCAAUGACCUUGCCAAUGCCAAUGUAUUGCCAUCAGCACCUUCUCAAACUGGAAAAGAUGAACUGCUUCGAACAGAAGUGAUAGAGAUCAAAGAGGGUCAUAAAAAGGAUGAAAAGAAAAGAAAAAGGAAAGGCAAAAAAAAUCGACAGAAGCACAAAGCCCAUCGCAGAGCAAAGCAGCCUGUCAGGAGGAAGGAAGCUGCAGAAGAAGAAAUGCAGUAUGAAAGUGAUGAAGAUGAUGGCACUUUGAGAAUUCCACCUCGUUUCCCAAUUCCUGUUCCACCUGUAGAAGCUCCUCCUUUGCCAUCUGGAUGUUCCACCUCGGCCACCACAGUAAGCUGCAUUAAUGCCAAACUUACACAAAUACCACCAAUCUCAGAUCCAGAUCUAACAAGUUUAGACCUUACAGGAAACAGCAUCACUACUAUCUCGGAUGAAGCAUUCAAUGGGAUACCUAAUUUGGAAUGGAUUGAUUUGAGUAAGAACAAUAUCACCUCUCCUGGCAUAGGUCCAAAAGCAUUCAAAAUCCUGAAAAGGCUAAAGCGUUUGUAUUUGGAUGGAAAUAUGCUUGUACGUGUUCCCUCUGAAUUGCCAUCGACUUUGGAAGAAAUAAAAAUAAAUGACAACCACCUUCAUGCCAUUGACGAGGAUGGCUUAAAAGAUUUAAAGAACCUGGUCACCCUGGAAUUAGAAGGAAAUAAACUGAGUGAAGCAAAUGUCAGUCCUUUGGCCUUUUAUCCUUUGAAAAGUCUCUCUUAUUUGCGACUGGGAAGAAAUAAAUUUAGAAUUAUCCCACAAGGUCUUCCUGCCACUCUGGAGGAGUUAUAUCUCGAAAAUAAUCAAAUUGAAGAAGUGUCAGAAAUUUGCUUUAACCACACAAGAAACAUCAAUGUCAUUGGGCUAAAGCAUAACAAACUGGAAGAGCACAGGAUAGCACCUUUGGCUUGGAUAAACCAGGAGAACUUGGAAUCAAUUGAUCUCUCCUAUAAUAAGUUGUAUCAUGUUCCCUCCUAUCUGCCAAAAUCUUUACUACAUCUGGUGCUCAUAGGAAAUCAGAUUGAAAGAAUUCCAGGCUAUGUGUUUGGCCACAUGAAGCCAGGGCUGGAGUACCUCUACCUGUCCUUUAACAAACUGAGCGAUGAUGGCAUAGAUCCUGUAUCAUUUUUUGGAGCAUACCACUCCCUGAGAGAGUUGUUCUUGGAUCACAAUGAACUAAAGGCUGUACCAUUUGGGAUUGAUGAAAUGAGAAAACUACGUUUUCUAAGACUGAACAACAAUAAAAUAAGGACAGUCCCCCCUGAACGCAUCUGCAGGACUCGGAUUAGCCAUGACAAUCAUGACACCAGUGAAGAGGAGGAGAAUGAAGAUUCACGUUUGGAGCAUGUUCAUCUUGAAAACAACUAUAUCAAUACCAGACAGCUCUCACCACAUUCAUUUUCAUGCAUACGAUCCUACUGCAGCGUUGUUCUUAAACCACAGAAGAAGACCAAAUAA